AGGUUUUCCAACCACCAUGACAAAUAACCAAAACGAGCUGGGCGACGUUAUGGAUGUUCUGGAAGACAACAUUGGGUACUUGACCGACCGGGACCGGGAAAUACCCGAAACCGACGUAGCGGUGAUCAAAUACUCGGCGUGGUGGGAGAUUCCAGUUCUUGAAACCGAAGAUCCGUUGGACUUCCUAACGAUCGGCAACAAUCAGUGUCCAGCAUCAGACGAUUGGGACAAACUACUGAACGCAGAACUUUACGACAUGCCACGACGGUCACAGGCGAAUUCGGAGUCCACACCGCCGGAGCACACAUGGUCCGGGACCUCGGAGCUCGGAAAUUAUCAUUAUUCGUACAAUGACAUAUCUAUAGGAAUGGACGCGAUGUCAAUGAACAACAGAAACCGGGAUGAUGGGUUUUCUUCCUCCUCCUCAUCUUCGCAAACUUCCGAAGGAAGCGAAUGGCUUCCGGAAGAGACUGAAUUCAAACCAAAAAAAGUUGUCACAUCCGAGCCACUGAGCCCUACACCACCAGAAACAGAAACCCGGAGGUUAACAAAAGUUCAGAGAAGAUCAAUGACUGAUCAGGAAGUAGAACAGCGUCGGAAAGAGGCGAAUAAGAAAAAUAGCAAGAACUACAAUUUUAACAAGAAAUCAAAAGAAGCGAAACUGAAAGAGGAUCUGGAAAAGAAUCACCUGUACAUCGAAAGAGCAACUGCGCAGGAGAAGCAGACUUUGGAGCGAAUUAUGGAAUGUUAUACAUAUUUUGGAGAUGGGAAUGUACUGGUAAUUCAUCAGGAUGCGAUGCAAAAUUUCACUGAAAAGGAGGUUUUUGAGGAGAAGCUGGAGCAAGUCGACAUGGAUGUUGCAAGAGCGAGGGAGCAGAGCCAAGAGCUCAAGAGCUUGAAAAAGCUAUAUCAAAAGCAUCGACAGGCUUACAUCACAGCUACGAACGACAAGGCAUUGAAAAAGUCAAAAAUCAACACUUACGGAUCUAGAAAGUCACGCGCUCUUCACAGUAUGAACAUUGCAGAGCUCGAACUCAAAAAAUGUAUUCUUCAAUUCAAAAUAAAAAAGUUCGAACGACGGGAAAAAUUGUUGGAAGAGGUGGAAAAUCAGAUCAAGCAAUACUUCAAUUUCAAAGAGAGUAACCAUGCUGGAUAUAUGAGGUUGCCACAGGAGCGACAAAAUCGAUUUGAGGAGCUUUGCAAAACUUUAAAAACCUCAUCACCAAAAACUUCUAUUGCAGGAUCUCACAGGAGGUCAACACGGAGCUCGGAAAAUUGAUGUUUCUUUACUUUUCCAAGAGAAAAAGUGAAAAAUUCGAUAAAAAUCAAAAAAAAACUUUCCGAAAAUUGCCCGAAAAAAAUCUAAAAUUCUGAAAAACUCCCCAAAAAAUUUCAAAAAUUCUCAAAAAUUCCCCAAAAAACCCCGUGAGCUCUGCGUUGCAAAUUUUUUAAAAUUGAAAUUCAGCUUCAAACUCCUGAAAUAAAUCUCUCAUGUACAAAGAAUAUUGUUGAUUUUUUUUCAAACUCCUGAACUUCCGCCGUUGUUUAAAUUUGAAUUAUCGAUUUUUUGUUCUUAAUUUUUCUUGUUUUUUUUCUCAAUUUUGCUCAAUUUUCCUUCACUUGGUACUAAUUUCCAUCUCUCGAUUUUUUCAAAUUUCCCAGUUAUUCCACUAUUAUAUGUAGACUAUCAAUUUAGUUGUUUGAACAUUUUUCUCAAAUAAAAUGAAUAAUAAAGAUUUCAUUAAAGAU